UACCAUAGAGGUUUAGAGUAUGUCCUCCAUCACUCGAAUGACCCAUGGUUCUCGUUGCAGUGAACCCAAUCUCGUAGAAGAAGUUCGAGGAGUGGAGGAAGAGGAGGAGGGGAGGAGAGGAGGCGUCAUGGAUGCUGUGGGAGUCUAUGGCAGCAGAGCAAGCUUCUCAAUGGCUGUGGCUGCUCAGAAGCCUGCCACCAAAGCAGCAGGCAUUAGAAAGGGAACAGGAGUUGUGUUCCCCUUAGGCGAGCCAGGUCCUCGACAAACUACUACUAGUAAUGGUCAACCAAUAAAGCUCCUAACGAAUGUUGAAAAUCUCAGGCUCCUAAGCAAGGCAGAAAAGGCAGGGCUACUCUCUGCAGCAGAGAAGUUCGGCUUGUCAUUAUCAACUGUUGAAAGGCUGGGCCUUCUCUCGAAGGCCGAAGAGCUAGGUGUAUUAUCAGCAGCCACAGACCCGGCGACUCCGGGAGCUCUGCUGACACUGAGCCUUGUUUUGUUGGCCUUAGGCCCUGCCUGUGUAUACUUUGUGCCAGAGGACUACCCUUGGGAGGUGAUUUUGCAGGUUGUGGUUGCUUUGGUCAGUGUUAUUGGUGGAUCAACAGCAUUUGCUGCAUCAAAUCUAGUUUCUACUCUGCAGAAAUCCAAGUAGUUUUUUUG